CUCGUCAUAGUAUAUAGUUAUUUCUGUUGAUUAAGCUUAUUAAUAAAGUUUUAACAUUUUAUUAUAAGGUGAUAUUUGUAAAAAAAUGUCUAAUUCAGAUUCAGAAUUGGAAGAAAACGAAGAGGAAAUUCUCGUUUAUGUAGAAUUCGAUAAUUGCGCAACAAAUGAUGUGUUCAGUAAUGAAAAUUUAAAAUUGGACAUGCUUGGUUUAGAUUCUGAUCAUCCAGUUAUGCAAGUUAAUGGCAAGUUUUUUCAAGGGGCCUAUGAAGAUGCUGUGGGAACAUACAUGUUUUUUGAAAAAGAUGACAAUCCAGCAAUUGAUGAUCCCGUUUUCGACAAAAUCCCAACUUUGAAAUACUUUCAAAAAACGCGAAAACUUCUUAGAAUGCAAAGAGCUUUUGUGACAUCCAGAUAUGAAGUUGUUGGUGAUUCAGAAAAUAAAAAAUGUAUUCCAAAUAUAGAAACAAUUAAAGAAGCUGGAGUGCCACCAAAAUAUCAAGAAAAAGCACUUGAAUUUUGGAAUGAAUCACGCAAUAAUAGAAUGAAUGCACUGAAUGAGUAUCUUAAAAAACAAGAAUUCAGGAAAGAGUUGCGAGCAAGAGGCUUUGAACCUGAAUCUGAAUCAGAUGACGAUAAUCCAUUUGCUAUGUAUAAGUAUAUAGAAGAGGCUGAAAUGAGUAAAGAUGCUAAAAAUGAUGAUAACAGUGGUAAUUUUAAUUUGCAAAUUGAAAGCCUAGAAAAUACAUUACAAAAGACAGAAAUAAACAAGAAAAAUGAGCAGAAUAAAAAAACAUUAAAUGUAAUUGAUCCUGGACCUUCAACAUCUAAAGAUAGUACACUUUGGAUUGAUGAUGAUAUAACAAGGGAACAAAAAAAAUCAAGACUUUUGCACAAAGUUAAAAAUGUUGAAAGAAUUAGAGAAAAACCUGUCAAGGAUAAAGUACAAAAAAGGGCUGUUAAAAAGAGAAAAAUCUCUGUAUUGUCUGCAUCAGAAAAGCUUUUUAUAGACUCUUCUAAAACUCAAUUUCCCGAAUCUAACGACCCUUUGGAAAAUAAUCCAUUAAAAGAUACAAAUGGUCAACUUCUAGACACAAAUGUAAACUUCAAACAUGAUGCAAAAGAUGAAACGGAUAUCGAUGAAAUGAUUGUAGAAAAAAAUGACAAAUUGUUAGCAGAAGAAUUUAAUAUAGAAAUUCCUUCAGUUUCUGAGAAAGAGAAACGGAAGCAAGAGAAGCGAGAAGCCAAAAUGAAGGAAAUAAAGGAAAAGCUUAAAGCAUUCAGUGUAACCUGUAAUCAACCACCAAACAGCUAAUUAUUUUGACAAUUACCAUAAUUUUAUAAAAAACAAAUAAUGGCUGACUGUGAUAUGAGAGAUCACUCGACAACUCGUCGGGAUAUUCACCAGUAAGGCAUGCAGUACAAUGGCCAAUGUAACUACUCUCACGAUUGUCCAUUCCAUGUCGUACAGCUUGAACAAGACCCUCGACGGACAGGUAUGUCAGGCUGUCA